AUGGGAGCGCACGACUCAUUUGCGUAUAGCAUCGACCCAUUAGCGGUCGAUAUCCCGACCCAGCUAGCUCUUGGUGUUCGGCUAUUGCAAGCGCAAGCACACCUAAACAGGAAGGGGGUUUUCCAUUUUUGUCAUACAAGCUGCUAUCUUUUCGACGGUGGCAGCGUGGCAAAUUAUUUAAAGAAAGUUAAGACCUUUCUAGACGCGAACCCCAAUGAAGUGUUGACCCUUCUUUUUACUAACCCGGAGGGGUUGUCUGUAAAGGACCUAUGGAAACCGGCAUUUGACAACUCGAGUAUUACCCCUUUAAUCUACAUCCCCCCAACCAUUCCCCUCAAACAAUCAGAUUGGCCAACCCUGGGAGUGAUGAUCGACAGUGGAAAGCGAGUGUUAUCUUCAUAUUGUUAG